UUUACUGUCUCUGUUGAGGCAUGAAGAGCAAAGAGUAAGUAUAAUCUUUUGUUAAAUACGUUGUGUGUCUUUACAUUGUCAAUUUAAAAACAACACAAGAAAUGACAUCAAGAAAGCUAGUCCAUCAUCUGAAUCCCAGAUUCCCCAACUUUCUCCCACUCUCCUCAUCAACCCAUUUCAGUUCACCGUUUGCCCCGAAACCCCCUUCAGUCCUUGCCACAAAUGUCAUCAAAUCAUACCUGGAGGCGGGCCUCGUCAAUGACGCCCGCAUCCUGUUCGACGAAAUGCCUGACCGAGACGUGGUGGCUUGGUCCGCCAUGAUCAGCGGCUACACCUCCUGCAACCGCCCCGCCGAUGCCUGGGCCGCCUUCCGCGACAUGCUUCCUGACGUCCGCCCCAACGAGUUCACCUUCUCCAGCGUACUUAAGGCCUGCAAGACCAUGAAUUCUCUCCCCCGUGGCGCCAUGACCCACGCGCUCGCCCUCCGGCAUGGCUUCCUUGGGAGCAUCUACGUUGCCAACGCGCUCAUGGACAUGUACGCUGCAUGCUGCGAUGAUAUGGACAGAGCCCGCACCGCGUUUGAGGAGAUUGGUGUUAAGAACUCGGUCACGUGGACAACUCUGAUUGCUGGUUAUACGCAUAUGGGAGACGGCCAUGGCGGUCUUGAUGUUUUUAGGAGAAUGUUGUUGGAGGAGGCUGAAUUGAAUCCGUUCAACGUUUCUAUUGCUAUUAGGGCUUGCGCUUCGAUUGGAUCGCAAGCCUUUGGGAAGCAGAUACAUUCUACAGUGUUCAAACAUGGAUUCGAAACGAAUAUCCCUGUGAUGAACUCUGUUCUAGACAUGUACUGCCGGUGUGUUGGUCUGACUGAUGCAGAUCGAUGCUUUGGUGAGAUGGUUGAAAGAGAUAUAAUCACAUGGAACACCAUGAUUGCAGGGUAUGAGAAGUCGGAUCCGUACAAGGCCCUGGACCUCUACUCUAGAUUGAUGCUUGAAGGCCACGUGCCAAACUGUUUCACAUUCACCUCUGUCGUAGCUGCAGUAGCUAACAUUGCAAUCUUGGGGCUUGGAGAGCAGGUUCGUGGUGGGGUCGUGAGAAGAGGCCUUGACGACGACAUGGGGGUGGCCAAUGCCUUGAUCGACAUGUAUGCCAAGUGCGGUAGCAUUGUGAGCGCGUGCAAGAUUUUCAAGGCGAUGCAUUGCAAGAAUGUUGUGUCUUGGACCUCUAUGAUGAUUGGAUAUGGCAGCCAUGGGCAUGGGAAGGAAGCUGUUGCACUGUUCAAUAAGAUGGUUGAGUCCGGAGUCAGACCUGAUCGGAUUGUGUUUGUUGCUGUUUUGAACGCUUGCAGCCACACAGGGCUUGUUGACGAGGGCCUGGAGUACUUCAAAGCAAUGGUGUACAGGUACAACAUAACUCCGGAUCAGGAGAUCUAUGGGUGUGUCGUGGAUUUGCUUGGUCGUGCAGGGAGGCUUCAGGAAGCGUACAAGCUGAUAGAAGCUAUGCCGUUUAUGCCGGAUGAAUCUGUUUGGGGGGCGUUUCUUGGAGCCUGCAAAGCACAUAAGCUUGCAGAGCUGGGGAGCAAAGCUGCAAGAAGGGUGUUGGACUUGAGGCCCGGUGUUGCUGGGACGUAUCUGGCGCUGUCUAGCUUAUAUGCUGCUAACGGGAAGUGGGGGGAUUUUGCGAGGAUAAGAAAAUUAUUGAAAGGGAUGGGGAGCAAGAAAGAGGCGGGGAUGAGCUGGAUCGAGGUGAAGAAUCAGAUCUGUACUUUCGUUGCAGGAGAUAAGAUGGGAUCCCAUAUCGAUUGGGUUUAUGAAGCUGUAGAUACGUUGGGACUGCAUAUAAAAGAUGCUCGAUACAAUCCUGAUUUGCAAUGCUUAGAAGAUGAUUUGGAGUGAGGAGCUGACAGUCAUUGGGAAGCAAGUGACUUCGAGGCAGUGUCUUUAAAAGUGCGGACUCGUAGAGGCACCGGUGAGAUUCAAACACGAAAUCUUUGGCCUUGAGGAGUUACAUCAGAUUUUGAAGAAAAGACUCAUUCUUUCAUUUAUUUAUUUAUUCAAGUGAUGCCCAGAAAUGAAGAAAUCUUAGCAUGAGAUUUGGAUCAUACCACUAAUGACUGAAUCUAACUGCAGAGUUAUGUUGUAUGUUGUAAAUGUGCUAUGGUUUCCUGCGAAGCAUGUGCAUAUUUUGUAUUGUUAUGCUCACUUUUUGAGCAAAGAAAAUGAUACAAUGACACACAUUAUGAUUUAUGAAA